AUGCAAUUGGAGCUAAAGGAGAAGAACGAUGAGGUUAUUAAACUGCAAUUGGAGGCAAAGAAGAAGGACGACAGAAUGCUUGAAAUGCACAAGGAGACUCUUAAUUUACAACAGCAAGCACUCGACAGACUUGCCAUCCUUCAGCAGAAAGCUGAAGCUAUCCUUAUCCAGUCCUUUGAGCUACACGAGUACCCAAUCCCUCGGCUGUUUAUCAUUUUGCCUAUCGAUCGUACCAAGUGGGACCCAAUGAAUAUCUUGAGAAAGAAGUUCCGCCUUCAUUUCCUAUGUGAGUGCGGGGAUCACACUGUAGAGACAGGCAAGAGCAGUCAAAAUCAAAUCCAUUUUGCCAAACAUGAAGGAUAUAUAGUCCGAAACAGCACAGAGUUCUUUCAAAAAUAUGGGAAAUACAUGGCCAUCCUUUUACAGUGCCUCAGCGUAGGGAUGCCUUUGGCUGCCUCGCUUGGGUCAGUCCCAGAUCUCAAAGCCGGUAUUGAUUAUUCACUCGACUAUAUGAGAACACUUUCUGUUGAGUACCCGGCCUUGAAAAGCAUCAACACAAUCGAGGACUAUGAAGCACUUGAAGGAGCAGAUCUCCGAGGACUGAGCAAAUUCCUUCAAAUCAACGAUGAAGAUGGCAAGCUUGGCAACUUGUACAGGAUUACGACAGAAGCAGGCCAUGUCAAAUGGGUUUGUAUCGGCCACUUCAGUUCAACAUAUAAAGAGAAAGAGCAGAAAGCCUUUGAAGAUGUUGUGGAGAUGAACGGUGGCGAGUAUGACUCACAGCUUGGUAAAGUAGUCAUUGAGUUGAGGUCCAGAGCCGCAGCCAGAGGGUUCUUUGAUGCCAUGACCAAAGCAAAACGUGUUUACGAGCUGGAUAUUACGUUCAAUAGAGGUUGGGACUGGACCAAGGCUGAUCUUGAAACACUUGAGAAUGCGUUAAGAGCAUCGAGUAUAUCGAUGCUUCGGCUUGACCUUGGUAGUACUCAGGAAGACAAUACCAGGAAAUUACGUUCAACAACUGCGAGAUAUGAAAAACUUGUUCGUAUUAUAGAGCUCAACACUAUGAAAGUGGUCCGUAUUGUACUGUCUCCAGAUUUCACCAAGCUUUCCAGCUUAUCAAACCAAAAGUUGCGACAUCAUCAUGAGUUAACCUUUGAGAUGAGACCGCGAGAUAUCAGACCAGGUGAUUUUCGAGUGCUUGUAAAUUCACUCGGGACCAACAUGACUUUGGCCAGCUUGGAUUUGAAGAGCAACUCCAUUGAAGAUAAAGGGGCUCUAGCACUCUCAGAGGCACUCAAGGUUAAUAGGUAUUUGGCUACUUUAGACUUGAGAGACAAUCCGAUUGAGAAGGAAGGAGUCCUGGCGCUUUUAGGCGCGCUCAGAACAAGUCCAACAUUGACUACCUUGGGCCUGCAGAGCACUUUAAUUGAGGAAGAACUGUCGGAGGUACUCAAAGGCAACGCGACGUCCGCCACUCUGAGUUACAGUUCGAUUGGGAAUGAAAUAAUUCUGGUACUAGCAGAAACACUCAAGACAAACGCGACAUUGACUAGUUUGAUCUUGCAGAACAACUCGAUUGGGAAUGAAGCAGCUCUAGCACUGUCAGAGGCACUCAAGACAAAUAUGACCUUGGCCAAUCUGAACUUGGAGAGAAACUCAAUUUGGAAAGAAGGAGCUCUGGCACUGUCAGAGGCGCUCAAGACAAAUAUGACCUUGGCCAAUCUGGACUUGGGAUACAACACAAUUGGGAAAGAAGGAGCUCUGGCACUGUCAGAGGCACUCAAGACUAAUACCAGUCUGACCAAUUUGAACUUGAAUUGGGACUCAAUUGAGAAAGAAGGAGCUCUGGCACUGUCAGAGGCACUCAAGACAAACACGACCUUGACCAAUUUGGACUUGGGAUACAACACAAUUGGGAAUGAAGGGGCUCUGGCACUGUCAGAGGCACUCAAGACAAACACCAGUCUGGCCAAUUUGAACUUGACGAGCACCUCAAUUGGGAAUGAAGGAGCUCUAGCACUGUCAGAGGCACUCAAGACAAAUAUGACCUUGAUCACUUUGGACUUGAGUUACAACUCAAUUGGGAAGGAAGGAGCUCUGGCACUGUCAGAGGCACUCAAGACAAACACGACCUUGAUCACUUUGGACUUGAGGUACAACUCAUUUGGAAAGGAAGAAAAACUGGCACUAUCUAAGCUGCUCAGGAGAAAAGAACAGGACAGAAUACCUAUAUUGGAAUAG